AUGCAACUGCGCGCAGUAUCAGACGCAGUCAAGAGUUUAGCUGAUGAUGAUGCUCAUGGAGUGCACGUCAAGGAAUUAACCGAACUCGAUAUGAAACAUUUUCGUAGAGUUGCGUUUGUUGCAGUCGCGUUGAGUACGAUGACUAUGUUGUGCUCUAUUAUUUUUAUGCCUUUAUCUUAUCAGUACCUACAGAAGGUGCAGAGUACUAUGUUCAGUGAUAUCGACUUUUGUAAGAGUCGUAAUCGCGAUUUAUGGAAUGAAGUUCUAACGGUUCAAUUGGCAAAAGGACAAGCACAUCGAGCAGUGCGAGCCGCAAAAAGUUCUAAUGGGAAUGGGAAAUGGUUGUUUGGUCGUUUCAUCGAUGGCGACAAUAAGCAUGCUCAUCAAGCCACAUACGGUAACGACAAGCAUGCUUACGACGCUGGUUACGAUAGUGGCUCUUCACGGUACGGUAUGGCUUCUUCUCAGGGUAGUGCCACCAGUGCAUCGAGUGCUGUUGCGUGUUGUCCCCCAUGCAAAAUCGGACCGCCAGGACCACCAGGAAAACCGGGACCGGAUGGAGAGGAUGGAAAGGAUGGACGCCCAGGUCCAGAUGGACCAAAUGGGAAAGAUGCUCCUAUUGAUAGUGUUCCAAAGCCAUGCAUUCGUGAAUGCCCUCCAGGCCCUCCAGGUCCACCUGGCAGUCCAGGAGAUAAAGGUCCAAAAGGAUAUCCAGGGGAGGCUGGCGACCCUGGACUACCAGGAAAGCAAGGUGCGCGAGGACCACCCGGUAAACAAGGACCCAUCGGACCACCCGGACUUCCAGGUCGUCAAGGUGAUAGAGGUGAGUCAGGUAAAAGCCUACCAGGAAUAGCACCACCCGGACCUCCAGGUCGAAUCGGCGAGAUGGGACCGCCNGGCCCACCUGGUGCAAAAGGUAAACCAGGUAAACGAGGACCUACCGGACCACAGGGCGAUCCUGGAAAUCCAGGACCAUAUGGUAAACCAGGUCUGCCGGGACCAGUGGGUCCAGAUGGAGCACAGGGAGCAAAAGGAAGUUGUGACCACUGUCCCACCCCACGGCUGCCACCUGGUUAUUGA